AUGCGCGCGCAACUUUUCCGGAACUUCCCCGACGAGCCUUCGGAAGCGGGAGAGCAGCAAUCGGCGUCGGACUGCGGUGUGUCGCUGGAGCGGUCCUCCAUUAGGAACGGAGGCAUGUGGGCCCCGGGCGCGUUCAACCUCCUCGGGAGCCGGACGGCAGGCGUUUUAUUUCGUUCUCAGUUAAUCUGGAAUGGACAACUCCGAGCGAACCACUGGCAGUCUUCCCUCCUGGAACUGAGAACAGCUCUGCCCAUGAGAGCCGAGCCCCCGAGGAAGAAGAAAAGGGUAGAUCCAAAGAAGGACUACGCUCAAAGAGAACGGCUGAAAAAGAAAAUCAGAAAAUUGGAAAGAGCAGCUCAAGAGUUGGUUCCUAUUGAAGACUUCAUCAUCCCAUUCAGAUUCAUGGAUGAAAAAAGGUAACGGG